AUGCGCCCUCAACUCUCCAAGCCCAUCAAAUCAAUACUCUCAGUGCGUAUCCCAGGAAGAAACAACCCCUCCAACACCAACACUACCUGGGACGUCACAAUCGGAUACCCCCCGGAGGCACCAAAUGGGAUCAUAACCACCAUCACUCCUCAUAGCGAACAUCCCUACGAUCAUGACAGUGGAAGUGGCUAUUAUCUUUGCUCUCCUCUCCUCCUCCCAGCACUCACCCACCCUCACAUCCACCUAGACAAGGCCUUUAUCCAUAACAACCCAGACUACGCGCAUAUCUACCCCCGCACAGGGUCCUUCAGCGAAGCCCUCUCGCACACCACGCAGGCAAAAUCCUGUUUCAGCCGUUCAGACCUUCUCAAACGUGGAGAAUGGCUUCUCGCUGAGUCCGUUGCCUCGGGUGUUACGAGUAUCCGCGCGUUCGUCGAGGUAGAUUCGACGGUCAACACGACCUGUCUCGAUGUGGGGAUUGAGUUGAAAAGAAAAUGGGCUGGUGUGUGCGAGGUCCAGAUUGUGUGUUUUGCGCAAGAUCCCGUUUUCUCCGGACCCGUAGGUGACGAGAAUAGGGGGGUUAUCGAGAAGGUUCUCUUUGGAGGUGAUUAUGCUGUGGGAGAUAUAGGUGUGCUGGGCACAACGCCGUACGUGGAGGAUUGCGAGGAAAAUGCCAAGAGAAAUGUGAACUGGGCGGUGCAGACUGCCAUGGCUUCGGGAUUGCAUUUGGACUUUCAUUUAGACUAUCAUCUGGAUUCUAGCAAGGAGGCCAUGGUGUGGGAUGUUCUGCAUGCUUUGGGGCGGGGUGGUUGGACAGGCAGAAAUGACCAUAAAAGGGUAAUGUUGGGACAUUGUACAAGAUUGACGCUGUUCGAAGAAAAGGAAUGGAAGAGACUUGCGCUUGCCAUUAACAGCAAUAAUCUUCCUGUUUCCUUUGUCGGUCUGCCUACUAGCGACCUUUAUAUGGCUUCACCUCCGGUCUCUGCGCAUAUCUCACCACCACACGUGAAGCAACGAGGCACCCUCAAUGUCCUAGAUAUGAUCCACAAUAAUGGCCUUGAUGCCGUGAUCGGGGCCAACAAUGUUGGGAAUGCUUUUACGCCCUGGGGAUCUCCGGAUCCGCUGUCUCUUGCUUGUUUUGGGGUUGGGGUAUACCAGGCCGGUGCGCAAAAGGACACUGAGUUGCUCUAUGAGUGCAUCUCCACGCGAGCACGGGAAGCAAUCAGUAUUGGCAAUUCGGGUGCUACGAAUACCGAUUCCACGUUGGCGUUGAAGGAAGGCGAUCCCGCGAAUUUCCUGCUUCUUUACAAUGUGGACGAGACAGGGUGCGGUAUGGCCAGGUGCAGAGGCAGUGUUGCGGAGGUCGUCUGGGAUCCACCGUCGAUUUCCAGCAGGGAUGUAAUCACAGGAGGUCGACUGGUGGUCAAGCCCAUGGCGGCUGAAAGGGUGCGGUCUGCUCCAAGCACGGCUAUUGUGUAUGCAGAGUGA